GAGCACCUACAUUUUAACUGUCAUCAAGAAAUCCAGAUUCUAUGAACAUGCAAACUGAAAUCAGUCCCAACUCUGCAGCCACACACCCACUUUACCUAGUAAAUAAGUGUAAGGUUUCAUAUACUCUCCUGCAAGCUGGACUAUAGCUGAAUAAAUGGAACCUAAUUUAUUUUCUGAUGCAGUAACCGUCCUGCCACAUGUUUGAAUCUACUGCAUGUCCUACUGCAUGUACUGCAUGAAGCUGAUUCUCAGCUUCAGCUGGUUUUGUAAAGUCUUCCAAAACCUUUUCUGUGUAAUACAUGUUCUAAAUAGAACACAGAAAAAUCCUACAUUUACCCUCAUAACUAAUAUAAAUAUGCAAAUUAGAAACACGCCAACCCAAUAUAAUGCAAUAACACUUACCUGUCACAGGUUCAAUACUAUAUCAGAUUUCUUUCCUUUUUCUGCACACCCAAGUUUACAAAUAUUUAAUAAGCAAAAAGCAUUUUAUAUAAAUGUUUUUGUUUGUUUUUUGCUCCGUCAAACAAAAUAGUUCCCAGAGAACUGGAUAGAGUGUUGCGUGUUGCCAUGCAACAACAGACUGACUGACUGACAGCCCAUAGUAAGUGUAUUAAUGUACUAUAUCUCAAUUUGCCUACUUAUACAAUGCACUAAAAGUAUGUCCUCUUUUUGUGAAGAAAAAGUACAUACUUUUUGAGUGUGUAGCAAAAGAGUAAGUAAGUACCAGGACAUAAAAUGCUGUUGCCUAGUUAUGCACACUGUCACCGUAAACAAACUCCUUGUUGAAUUUCAGCUUUUCUUCAUUCAAUAUUCCUUAUAUAAUUUAUACUAUAUAGUUUGAUUUAAAAUGACCUUUAUUAAUUUUUUGACAUCUUAUUUACACCUCUCUAAAAUGCGUUAAAAAGCAAACAAAACUCCUCCUCCCUGGCUCAAAGAGUUGUGGGAAAUAUGAGCUGAAAAAGUGUCCACAGAUCAACACAGAAAAUGUACAGGAAAUAGUAGACCAUCCGGGUACCUUUGGGAUACUCAUUUCAACAUACUACGAUUUGGGACACACUAAUUCUAACCUUGGAUACUAUUUAGGAUGGAUAAUUCGAAUUGGGAUGCAGCAAUGGUUUCUUGUCCAAUCAAAUUAGUGGAACAAAACUGUUGUAUAAUGGAAAAUAUCACAUAUAAGCCUAUUAAUUUUACAGUAUAGAAAUGGCCUUAUGUUCUGAUUUGCCCCACUCAUAUUCAAAACAUUCAUCUGUGUAAAACAGAAACUUUGAAAAUAUUUGAUUUUUCUGAUUUCCUCAGCCAGGAAUGGAGUGUAACAGAUAGCCCUACAGAGGAGUGGCUUGUCCCCCCUCUCUGAGACGUUGACAUUUGGUUCUGUUACAUGCCUGGUUAAUGAUAGCGUAACAUUAGGUGCUGCGAAGCCCAUUAGACUGAACAUUAGCAAGACUGAGGAGGUAAACAUGAUGAGAAGUCGCAGCAAUUCAGGAGUCAAGCUUGACAAUUAUGCACGAAUGGUCCAUAAAACAAUCCUCUUUCACCAGGAUCCGGUAACAGGGUUACUACCAGGAAGUGCUGAUCUCCCACAUGCCUGGGUCCGAGACAACGUGUACAGCAUCCUGUCUGUGUGGGGUCUGAGUCUGGCCUAUAGGAAGAAUGCUGACCGUGAUGAGGACAAGGCUAAAGCCUAUGAGCUGGAGCAGACUGUAGUAAAGCUUAUGCGAAGCUUGCUGCAGUGUCUGAUGAGGCAGCUGGACAAAGUGGAGAAGUUCAAGUACAGCAAGAGCACCACAGACUGCCUGCAUGCCAAGUAUCACACAGGAACGUGUGCUACUGUGGUCGGUGAUCAGGAGUGGGGUCAUUUACAGGUAGACGCUACCUCCAUCUUUCUGCUGUUCCUGGCUCAAAUGACAGCUUCAGGGCUACACAUUGUGUACACACGCGAUGAGGUCGAUGUUGUCCAGAAUCUUAUCUUCUACAUUGAAACAGCAUACAAAGUAGCAGAUUUUGGAAUGUGGGAACGAGGAGACAAGACAAAUCAAGGAAUCCCUGAAAUCAAUGCAAGCUCUAUUGGAAUGGCGAAGGCAGCCCUGGAGGCCUUGGACGGAUUAAACCUUUUUGGUGCCAAAGGUGGCCCAGAGUCUGUUGUUCACGCUUUGGCUGAUGACAUACAGCGCUGCCAAUCAAUCCUCAGCUCCAUGCUGCCUAGAGCCUCCACGUCUAAAGAGGUGGAUGCUGGAGUUCUUUCCAUCAUCUCCUACCCAGCAUUUGCAGUUGAGGACACUGACAUUAUUAACAUUACUAAGGAGGAGAUCAUCUCAAGACUGCAGGGCAGAUAUGGAUGCUGUCGUUUUCUCAGAGAUGGCCACAAAACCCCCAAAGAGGAUCCUAAUCGUUUAUACUAUGAGUCAUCAGAGCUGAAGCUCUUUGAGAAUAUUGAGUGUGAAUGGCCAUUGUUUUGGAUUUACCUCAUCCUAGAUGGAAUUUUUAUCAACAGUCAUGAGCAGGUACAAGAGUAUCGAGAUGCCUUAGAUGGCAUUCUGAUCAAAGGAAAAGAUGGACUGCGUCUCGUUCCUGAGCUUUACAGUGUUCCUCCGGAUAAGGUGGAUGAAGAAUAUGUCAAUCCCCACACUGUGGAACGAGUGCCAGUGGGCAAUUGUCCAUUGAAAUGGGCCCAGUCUUUGUACAUAUUGGGUAACCUGUUGGCAGAGGGUUUCUUAGCACCUGGAGAGAUAGAUCCCCUCAACAGACGUUUGGCCACCAUACCCAAGCCUGAUGUUGUGGUACAGGUGUCAAUUUUGGCAGAGACAGACGAAAUUAAACAACUUCUGCAGAACCAGGGCAUCGAUUCGGAAACGCAGGACGACAUUCAUCCGAUUAGAGUUCAACCCUCUAGAGUUCUUAGUCACAUCUAUGCCAGACUUGGACGUAAUCAAAGACUAGGUCUGACUGGGAGGCCAUAUCGCAGUAUUGGUGUGCUGGGGACAUCCAAAUUCUACAUCAUACGCAACACUAUCUUUUCCUUUACUCCUCAAUUCAUAGAUCCCCAACAGUUUUACCUGGCCCUGGAUAACAAGAUGAUUGUGGAAAUGCUCCGUAUUGAUUUCUCCUAUCUCUGUUCCCGUUGGAGGAUGACUGGCAGGCCUACUGUCACUUUCCCAGUAUCUCAGGGCAUGCUUACUGAUGACGGCAAAGAAAUUGAUCCUGCUGUACUGGCUACUUUGAAAAAGCUACAAGAUGGCUACUAUGGUGGGGCAAUAGUGAAAACUGGGAAACUGGCCUCAUUUCUGGACACAUCCUGUUGCGCUCACCUCACAUUUAUGGAUUGUGAGGUGGACGACUUGGCAGUGUAUCUCGAUCAGCUACUUGCCUUUCCCCAGCAGAGUCCCAUCAGUGCCACUAAAGGAGGACUCAGCCGCUUCAAAGCUGUGGCGAAUAAAACUCGAGAGAUGGUGUCUCUGGUGAACAAAGCCAAAGUACUGAACAUACAUAAUGCGUGUCUGUAUCUCCCUACGAAACUGUUUCGUGACCCACCACCAAUCCUCCACCUUACAAAUAAAGAAACCCAGGUCCCUCAGCCAGAAGUUCCUCCUUCAGUGAGUCUACCCAGAGACGUGAAUGGUGGAAUUGAUUAUCUAGCCCUUGUGCAGAUGCUGAAACAAAGCCAAAACCUACAAGAUCAGGCUGAUAUCCUGUACAUCUUUUAUAAGGACAAAGGUAUGGACUGGGAUACGAACCUGCACGGGAAAGGCUGGACAGUAAAGCGACUCCUGAGUGACUUGUAUGAGAAGGCAGGUAGCCUGAGACACUGGGGACUUAUCCGAAUGGCCUGUGGCAUGCUCCACAGGAAAGUGGAAGAACUGGAUGAGGCUUGUACAGAUUUGCUUGCUCACCAGAAGCACCUGACAGUGGGUCUUCCUCCUGAACCACGAGAGAAAACCAUAUCAGCCCCCAUGCCCCCAGACAAGCUGGCCAGACUUAUUGAUGAGGCCAGUGAGGACAACCUCACAACUGCAAUCCUCACUCAGGAGAUCAUGGUGUACCUGGCUAUGAGCAUUCGAACGCAGCCAAAACUUUUCAGUGAAAUGUUCCGCCUUCGCAUCGGCCUCAUUAUUCAGGUCAUGGCCACUGAACUGGCACAAUCUCUCAACUGCUCUGGUGAGGAGGCUACUGAAAGCCUGAUGAACCUGAGCCCAUUUGAGCUGAAGAACCUCCUCCUCCAGAUCCUCAGUGGCAAAGAGUUUAGAGUGCAGAGAAGCAUGCGCUCAACUGGAACCGGUGUAAGUCCAGCCAUUUCUAUCCAAGACAAGAGUAAAUCCGGUUCUGCAAAAGGUCAAUUAAAAAGCAGCACUCAGCUCAAGUGUGAUGUCAAACCGCCUUUAUCAGUGCAUUCCUUGGAUAUUGACAACAUUGAGUCAGGGAGGUAUAGACUUCCUUCCAUUGAGUCAUUUCAAGGUUCUUUGGGAGGCCAAUGGCUUCGGCGUCGCCGUUUAGAUGGAGCUCUCAACAGAGUACCUGUUGGUUUCUACCAAAAGGUCUGGAAGAUCCUACAAAAGUGUCAUGGACUCUCCAUUGAAGGAUGCGUCCUUCCAUCAUCAACCACAAAAGAGAUGACUCCCGGUGAGAUAAAGUUUGCUGUACACGUGGAGACCGUGCUGAACCGUGUCCCACAGCCUGAGUACAGACAGCUGCUGGUGGAGACGAUCCUGGUCCUGACCAUGCUGGCUGAAGUAGAUAUCCAUAGCAUAGGAAGCAUCAUUCAUGUGGAAAAGAUUGUGCAAAUGGCCAGCGACAUGUUCUAUAAAGAUCAGAAAGACCUGGGAGCAGAUGAUACUCUCCUGGAAAAAGAUCAGUCCAACGGUAUCUGUAGGUUACUUUAUGACAGCGCUCCCAGUGGCCGUUUUGGAAGCAUGACCUACAUGUGUAAAGCUGUAGCUGCUUAUGUUGAUGAAUUCCUGCCAACUGGGUCCUGCUCGCUUCAGUGACACACUCAGCUUGAGAUUUUGUUUAUGGCUAAAAAUGUGAGUGGCCAAGACUGGCAUGAAAAUUAUCAACAAAAUAAAGUUACAAUCUGGCUGCAAAACAGCCAAAUUACUUUG